AGCAAAACUCAAUGUAAAAACACGAUUACAUUUUAGUUUGUGUUUAUGAUUGUGUGUGCUAUUUGUUACACCUUGAGCGGUAUAUCUUUAAAACUAUCAAAAUAGUUUAAAAAUAGUGCUUUUUCUGCAUACGUGAUUGGAAUAACCUUACCAGGAUCGUAAUAAUACAUGUUUCUGAAAGUGAAGUGUAAAUCCUCUGGGGAUUGUGGAAUAAUGAAAAGCAGUGCAUUUAUCGCUUUGUAGCGAUGUGUGAAUUCAGUAAUUUGAAUUGAUAGUGAUUUAAUGUAAUUCAUGGUGUUUCAGAAAAUAUCAGUGUUAUUUGCAAAGCAUAGUUCGAAUCAUAGGGUCCAUAAAGGAGCAGACGGAUUCUAUCAUGGUCGUAAAACGUGCUGCGGACAGUGCGGACUCACCUAUUCUGGAGGAGGCCGGUGAGAGCGGCUCCGAACAGAAACCAAAGCCACUCGUCAAAUAUGGAGAACUUGUUAUACUUGGGUACAACGGUUACUUGCCGGCGGGCGAGCGUGGUCGACGGCGUAGCAAGUUUGUGCUGUACCGACGGCCGGCUGCUAACGGUGUGCGACGCUCCAAGCACUAUGUGGUAAAGACGCCGCACAGCAGUAAGGCCAUCCUCGACGCCAGCCAGCACUCCAUCUCGUAUACGCUUAGCCGUAGCCAAGCUGUCAUCGUCGAGUACACAGAAGACCCCGACACUGAUAUGUUUCAAAUCGGCAGAUCAUCGGAGUCCCCAAUCGACUUUGUGGUGAUGGAUACGGUGGCGGGCGACAAGAGUGGCGACACCAAGGUGCUGCAGAGCACCAUAUCGCGCUUCGCUUGCCGCAUCCUCGCUGAUCGAAACGACGUCAACAAUUGCCGUAUCUACGCAGCCGGAUUCGACUCAUCCAGGAAUAUAUUUCUUGGCGAAAAAGCGACAAAAUGGACGGAGAAUCAUGAGAUAGAUGGUCUGACGACGAACGGGGUGUUGAUAAUGCAUCCACGCGGUGAUUUUUGCGGCGGCAGUGCUACCUGCGGCCCAUGGCGUGAGACCUCAGUUGGCGGCGCCGUCUUCUCGCUCAGGGAGAGCCGCUCCGCACAGCAAAAGGGAGUACCGUGUCAAGCGGAGACAAAUGUACUAAGAGAUGGCACCAUGAUAGACUUGUGCGGCGCCACGCUGCUAUGGAGGAGCGCGGAAGGUCUCAAAAAUUCACCUACGAAGCGCACGCUGGAGGCGCUGGUGGACGAGCUGAACGCGGGCCGGCCGCAGUGCCCCGUCGGCCUCAACACGCUCGUCAUCCCGCGCAAGCUGUCCGCCGCGCACCAGGACCUCAACCAGCCCUACGUCUAUCUGCACUGCGGACACGUGCAAGGCGAGCACUCGUGGGGCGCGGAGGGCAGCGAGGCGGGCGUGCGGCGCUGCCCGAUGUGCCUGACGGCGGGCCCCGUGGUGCGCGUCUGCAUGGGCAUCGAGCCCGCCUUCUACGUCGACUCCGGCCCGCCCACAUACGCCUUCAACCCCUGCGGACACAUGGCCUCCGAGAGGACCGUCAAGUACUGGGCGAGUGUGGACAUCCCGCACGGCACUAACGGCUUCCACGCGAUCUGUCCCUUCUGCGCCGCGCCGCUGCAGGGCUCGCCCGGCUACGUGCGCCUCAUCUUCCAGGACAACCUCGACUGAAUCUCACCUCACAACACACAUCCGCGUAUAGAAUUAUACGUAGGAAAGUGCAUCGAUAACGAAAGAACAAAGAGACAUCACUAAUGCCUCAACUCGGCUAUACUUAUUGCUUCAAGAGUGGGAACAACGUGAGUGCAUUGACAAAAAAGUUUUUACUAAAGUUUGAUUGUCAAAGCACUCCUAGAUAAUCAUGUCAUCUCUUUCAUUUACUUUGAAAAACAGAGACAAAACAUGCAACAAAUAUCAGCGAAUUGUUUGUUUACUGGGAAUUUAGGACUUCGUUAUAGUACAGCUAGCUAGAGCAUUCGGUUUGGCACUUCGUUAACAAGAGUACUCUUCUGUGUGACGUGCCAACUCAAGUGCGUGUACUGUUUUUCAAUUUUAUUUUAAUAACAGAAUAAUACAACUUAGAAUGUAAUGCUGAAAUAGCUAUUCAUUCUUUCAAAUUUAAUGUUAAAAAUUCCCAGUAUUAAUAACUAUAAAAUGUUAAUUUUUAUUCAUGUAUUCGCUGAAAUUGGAAAAAAACCUAAACUAGAAAUUGACAAUUUGACACAUUCAGUGCAACAAACUUUUUCACAAUACAAAAUGUAGCAUUGAACGUGUUAAAACAAUAAUCGACUUACCGAUUACUAAAUCAGUUAAAAAACAUACCAAAUUGAGAAUCGUGUAUAUUUGUGUUAUCGAUGUAAAAACGUACAACACUAUUCUUUACGAGCAACUUUGGUUAACUACAACGUUUCUUUGAUCCAAAAUUAGUAAUGUUGAUAAUUUAGUUAACAAUUAUCGAUGCUACUUAGACUAUCGUAAGCCACUAUUAUUCGAUUUACACCUUCUAUUGAUUUUUUAAACUUAACUUGAUCGAUAAUUUUUGUAUACAUUUAAAAGUAACAUUGUAAAGAAUUUGGCGAUCUAUUAUUUAUCUUUGAUGCAUCGUAUUUAAUUGUAUAAAUAUUUUGUCUUGAGAAUUAUGCGAUUCUCUAAUUUACCUAGAAGCCAUCAAAAUGCGCUCUAACAAUUAAAUUCCCACAUAGAGUCGAAUAUCGUCUAACAAAGUUUUAUUUUCUGGCGUUCUUAGAAUAAACUAUUGAAAUUUAUUUAUUCUGGUUGAAAUGUAUAACGAAGACAAACUGUUUCAAUCUUUUUUUUAAUAUAUUUUUAUAUAAAGUUAAAAUAUUAUGAUUAUAAAAUGUUACAAAGCGCUAGUGUUGUGCAAACUAUCGACAGAAAUUAUCGACGGAAAAUAAAUGAUUUUAUGAGAUGCAAAUAUUUAUAAUAUUGAUACUUUCACUAAUGUUAGUGUCUAAAUAUGAAGAGAUUUAAGAUGAAGUGUUUUCCGAUGACGAUCUAUUUAUUUGUUAAUGACAUGUAAAAUAAAAAUAUCGGAUGGAUUUUAACAUAUAAGUGAACAAUAAUCAAUGCUUUGUAUAUUGCGAUACUUUUUAAUGUUUCGUUGACGAGUGAAUGAUUUAAAAAAUACAAAUUUAUAGAUAUGGUUUUCGAUAGGGAAAACAGUAGAUACAUAAACUUUGUAAACUUGGGCUGGUAAAUCUGAUUUUUCAAUAAUAUUUUGAUUUGAAAUUGAAUUAAAAUAAACAGGAACUGAGUUUAGGUGAACAAUAUCCAGAAACCCUCUAAAUUACAAUAAAUUCAAUAUUAAAAACAACAAAACAGAAAUAUAACAUCAGUGUGCUUGAGAAUAUAAAAUGUGGUAAAUAUAUUUAACGUAUGAAUGCUUUUUUCGUUUACGUGAUAUUUUCGUUGUGAUAUGCAGCUUUUUCGGGAAAAUGGAUAUCGUGAAUGUAAGGGCAUGUUUCCAACUAAGUUUGUCAGCCCAUAUAGCGUGCGUUCGCACUGAAACCAUCUAUAAAAACAUUGUUGAUUUUCAUAAUCCUUGACACAGAUAAUGUUUUUUGUAAUGUUUCGGCAGUGGAAACUCACGGUUAAGAUCCGUUCACACAAACCGGAGCAUAGAAAUAUAACGCAAAUAAAAUUGCGCUUCAUACGACUGAAAUAAGGUUUAAUUUUAGUUUACACGUCUUUAUUACGCUUGCUUUUGAUAAUAAAAAAUGACGUAUAAACGUGCAAAAUACAAUUCAAACCAUUUCUCAAUUUUAUUUGCGAUAAAAAUGCCCUGCUCUCAGUCUUAUGUGAACGAACCCUUAGUCUAUUUAACGACUAAGUUGAAGUUGAUUUCUAUAUGUUGAAUUAAGUUAAUAUGUUUAAUUAAGGUGUUUAUUCCUAAGAAUACAAAAGAUUUUAAUUAUACCGAUUGUAAUGUACACAUAUUUACCUUGUGUAUAUAUUUUCGAGUGUGUAAGCGUAUAUUAUAAAAUUCAAGCUGUCAGCUCUCUGCAACCGCACCCGAACGACAGUCGCGUUCAUUUAAGUAUCGAGAAUGUGUGGAAAAUGUAAAUAGUGUUCAUUUCCAGUUCUUGUUAGUUAAUUUAUGAUUGUUUGCGUGGCUUAUAUAGCCUUAGCUGUAGCACAAGCCAACUAGAAUAUGUGUUUCAAUAUUGUUGGCUUAAUAAAUAUAUUGCGAUUUUUUUUGUGUAUCUGUUUAUUCAUAUAUUUAUGAACUGAAAAACACUGGCAGUAUAUAAAUGCCUUGUUUAAAAAAGAUAUAUUCAAAUUUCGAACGCGGGAAAAUGCCCGCUAUGAUUGGUCAAAGAUUAUGGCGGUUAGAAAUGACUAUGGCGACAAAAUAAUUUACUGGCGGGAAAUAUAAAUGAAAGAUGUAAUUACAUAGAUAGAACAUUUUAUACAUUAUAUAGUUCUAUAAAAUCAAGAUACUUAUAAUAAUGUAUGACGUCUAAUUAAAAGGAUUCUUUUAAAACGAUAAGGCGCCCAGAAAAUCAUUUUUUUGACAAAUCUGAAGCAGUUUUAAUGCUUUUUCAUAUCUAAUCUUUGACGAAUAAUUUGAUCAUACAAAUUAGAAAUAAAAUAGACAAUAAAAUUAUAAUAAUAUACCGGGUCUUUAAUAAUAAAAAAAGAAUAUGGUCUAGUAAAUGUAGUCUUAUUAAAGAUGACUGUAAUGUUCUGUUUAUGUAUUUAUUUCUUUGAUUUAAAAACAUAAAUGUUUUACUUUUUAAGCGACAAGUUAUUUGACUUUGUGGACAUGACACUAAAUUGCAUAGCUCACUAGCGCCAUCAGAGUGUCAAGAUCAAGACAAGAAAAACUUUUCUAAUAGAACAGAUAUUUUUGUCGGACUAUACCAAUAAUAAACGCACCUCGUACGAGGAAUUGUAUAAAUAAUGUAUGAUAGAGGUAGUGUUAGCUUAUGAUUGGUAAUGAAAGAAUAGUUUUUGUACAAUUCGAUACCACUAGUUAGUGAGACACGGAAGAGUUUUCUAUACGUCAUCCUUAUUGUAUCUGUUAUCCUAGUGAGGUUUAUAAAUUAUUUUACGAAUUUUUGUGAUACAAUAAUUAAAUAAGCUUAAAAUAUUCUAGUUGAAAAGCUUUUAAAUCGACAUUUGAGCUGACAUUUUCCGUAGCUGUUUAGUGAGACAGUAAUUUUGCGUUUUUAGUUAUCGCUUCAAUAUCAGUUUUGCGAUGAAUUGCAUUGAAUAAUGUGUUUUUAUAUAUUUAGCAUUAUUUUGGAUUAAGUGUAAAUGAAAUCUAAUGUAUGGAUGUUGACAUACUUUCAUACAAUGGGUUUUGUUUACUAUCGUGAUGUGUGAAAAGGAACGGCGUAGUCGUGGAUAUGACGGCUGCAAUACUAAAGAUGCGAAAUCACGCGUGUAAUAUGUUCUAACAUUAGUCUAAAUAAGAACUGAUUGCUAGCCUUAAUUUUAUUUAUAAUAAUUGCUAGGUUUAAUAAAACAGCUCUUUUGAGUUAGACAUUUAA